AUAAAGAAAAAAUGAAAGAAAAGACAGAAGAAAAAAUAGAAGAAAAGACAGAAGAAAAAAAGGAAGAAAAGACAGAAGAAAAAAAAGAAGAAAAGAUGGAAGAAAAGAUGGAAGAAAAAAUAGAAAAAAGAUAG